AUGAAUCAAUCAUGGAGCAGAUUGCUGCCCGUCGUUUUUGCAACCUUUUUCUUAGCCUUGGUGGCGUUCAAAUCUCUUUUCCCUAGAGAUGAUCCUUACCGCUGUCGCGCUGUGCAGAAAACAGGCCGAUGGAUUGACCCGAUUCGUGAUGAGCAUGGAAAUCGGGAUCCAUUCAAGCAAUGGCAGCCUGAUGGCUGUAUCCUCAAUCACUACGACUCACAAGAUAUCCGCAGAUGUACAGAGGGUCGUCCAAUUGUGAUCGUUGGCGACUCCACCUCCAAGAAUCUUGGUCUUGCCAUGGCUAGCCUGCUCGAUAACAAGCAGUACAAAAAGGACGAGGCAGCCAAGUUGUUCAGCAAAACAACAUCCUUCAACAUGACAUAUCAUGGCCAAAGGAUAGAACGAGUUGCAAACGUGUAUCUCUCAUCGCAUGGUGUCCCAGGAAGAGAACAGUUCGUUAGCCACCUCGAAACUUACGUAGAUGAGAAGACCAGCCCUCCAUCAGUUGAACGCCAAAAAGGCCCGGCCAUGAUCUACAUAGCUGCAGGCGCAUGGUAUACCCAUCCUCACUACGGAGGUAUCAACUCUACCGCCCUUGAUCCCUGGGAUGAUCGUUUCUCGGCAUUUCAGGAUCAUAUGUCAAAAGUUGACAAAUUCAUCGGCGAUAAUACGCCACACGAAGAUUGGUUCAGCGCGCCGAUGGAUCCACGAGAUGGUAUUGGAAAUCAGAUCUUCUACGCACCGCCCGCUGGGCCGCGAUACCUCGGUAAUGAUACCAAGAUGGUUAUCGACAGAGGUCGACGAGCAGAAGAAGUCGUUGAGAUGCAGGACUGGCUACUGGACAAGGAGGAUGAGUUCAACAUUCCAUUCGUUUGGUCCAUUGCCAACCUUGUCGAGGGCCAAGAUAAGGUCUGGCGCGAUCCCCUCCGCACUGGCUUUCACGUCAAGUUUCACGUCGCAGAGCUUCGAGCCAACAUUCUUCUCAACAUGCGAUGCAAUGCGAAGCUGGACCGCAUGAAGCCGUAUCCUUAUUCACGGACGUGCUGCACUGACUAUGGAGUCAAGCCACUUGUGCAACUUUCCGUCGUGGCAUUUGGUAUUGUGUACCUGGCUGCUUGCAUCAUGUGCGAGGUCCUGGAUAUGUUCGCCGACCGGAGUGCCGAUCAGUCUCGCUUCAAGCUCCUCAACAUGCAAGCAGGAUGUCUCGUGUUGGCGCUUCUGAUGUGCUACUACGCUGACCGCACGCAGAUGAUGGCAAAGGGGAGUAAGCUUUGGCAAAUAAAAGACUUUGUCGCGCUUUGCAUUCCUUGUAUCGCAAUCAUGUUGGCUACGAUUCGUCGCAUCAAGUCAGCUGUUCCAGAGGACCUCUCAGUAGACAUGCAAGAGCCAGACCAGCCAUUCCUCUCACGUGGUCAAACUGAUGAGUGGAAAGGAUGGAUGCAGUUCUUCAUUCUUAUCUAUCACUGGACCGGUGCUCAUGGCGGCUCUAUUCACGUCCUCAUGCGUGUCUGCGUUGCGGCAUAUCUAUUCCAGACCGGCUACGGGCAUACGCUUUACUUCCUGAACAAGAACGACUUCUCAUUCAACCGCGUCGCAGCUACAUUAUUGCGCCUUAACAUACUCAGCUGCUGUCUGGCGUACUUUAUGGAUACCGACUAUAUGUUCUACCAUUUCCCGCCUCUGAUGUCGUUCUGGUUCCUUGUCGUCUACGCGACAAUGGCGAUUAGAUCAAGGUACAACAGCGAUUUGCAGGUUAUGCUGGCCAAGAUCUGCAUGUCCAGUCUCAUUGCAUCCAUGUUAUUCAUGGGGACGUCUCCGACGCGUUGGGUCUUUGAGAUUCUCAACACUGUCUUCAAGACCCAGUGGAGUUACAAGCAAUGGUAUCGCCGCGUUACACUCGAUAUGCUCGUCGUCUACCUUGGUAUGCUGACAGCCGUUGCUAACCGCCACUUGAAGAUACCUAUUCAUCUAGGGCUUCGUGUAACGCUUGCUCUGGUAGGCUUCUUCGCCACCAUACAUUACUUCUAUGCGACUCCAGAUCUCCGCGUGGCAGCAUACACGAAAUGGCAUCCGUAUGUGUCUCUUGUACCGAUACUGGGUUUUAUCGCCAUGCGGAAUGUCUCGGGACCUAUUCGCAAUUACCACUCCAGAGCCAUGGCUUGGCUCGGUCGUUGUUCUUUAGAGACCUACAUUCUCCAGUUCCAUAUCCUCCUUGCGGCCGAUACCGAUGGUGUUCUCAUUGUCGAUGGCUUGUUUGGCGAUGGAUCGCUCAUGGGAGACCGAUGGAGGACUUUGAUAAUCAUCCUGCCAAUAUUCCUAUGGAUCAGUCACGCGGUCGCUGGUUCAACAGGAUACAUCGUCAAGAUGAUUAUGCAUCAAGGCGCCGAAGAUGAGAAACUCGGCAGACUUUCUUUCUGGGCUUGGCUACAGAAGAUGCCAGGCUUCUCUGGUCUCCCAAUACCUAAAAUCAGGGUUCUUUGCAUUUUAUUAGUCAUUUGGUUGCUCAAUGUGAUGAGCCCAGGACAUGAGAUCCCCGCCGUGUUUGAUGGUGGACAUUCAGUGGUUGAGGCACCCAAGUUCCCACUGGAAUUUCCUUACCCAGUAGCAAACAGGACUAUGUGA